UAAACAAAUAGCACAAAACAGUUCCUCUUUUGUUUUUAUUAAAGUGGUACUGCAAUGCAGUUUCAGUCUAUCAGCUAGGCAUACAUGUGUGGAAAUACGAUAUUCUCACUAAAUUAGCUAAUUUUUAGCUGUGUUCCCUGUUUAUCUCUAGACCUUUGUGUAUUAAAUCCUAUCUCGAGCUGUUCUCUUUAUACACAAGUGUGUUUUGCUUGUGCCUUCCUGUCUUCUUCAGUGAGAAGCUUUAUGUAGGUCAGGCUUGGCUUAAGCAGAUUUCCUGAACCUGCGUCAGCUUAAGCUGGAGGAAUUUUAAUAAACCCUCCCCUGUAGGCGUGGGCCUAAAUGAGGCUAGCCUAGUUAAGCCUGAUCUUUUUCUGUUUGUGAAAAGAGCUGGGCAGAGCUGAAGGCUGCAUGGUGGUUUCAGAAACUGCCUACUUAAUUUGAAAAGAACAAUGGUAGGAAAGGCUAGAUCUUCCAAUUUUACCUUAUCUGAAAAGCUUGAUUUGCUAAAGCUUGUGAAGCCAUAUGUUAAAAUUCUCGAAGAACACACUAAUAAACAUUCAGUAAUAGUGGAAAAGAAUAGAUGUUGGGAUAUCAUAGCAGUAAACUAUAAUGCAAUUGGAGUAGAUCGCCCUCCUCGAACAGCCCAGGGCCUACGCACCCUUUACAAAAGGCUCAAAGAAUAUGCCAAACAGGAGCUAUUGCAGCAAAAAGAGACCCAAUCAGAUUUUAAAAGCAAUAUUUCUGAGCCAACCAAGAAAGUUAUGGAGAUGAUUCCCCAGAUUUCCAGUUUUUGCCUGGUAAGAGACAGGAACCACAUUCAAAGUGCAAACUUGGAUGAGGAAGCACAGGCUGGUACGAGUUCACUACAGGUAAUGUUGGAUCACCAUCCAGUUGCUAUUACAGUGGAGGUGAAGCAAGAAGAAGACAUUAAGCCCCCUCCUCCACUGGUUUUAAAUUCUCAACAGAGUGAUAUUUUAGAGCAAAGAGAAGACCAUGAAUUAGUACAUGUUAUGGAAAGAUCUUUGUCGCCGUCACUUUCCUCUGUUGACAUGAGAAUGACCUCGUCUCCAUCUUCUAUCCCAAGGAGAGAUGAUUUUUUUCGGCAUGAGCGUGGAGAACACUUUAGGUCACAGUUAGGGUAUGACCCUCAGAUUCUGCAAAUGCUGAAAGAAGAGCAUCAGAUAAUUUUAGAAAAUCAAAAAAAUUUUGGAUUGUACGUUCAGGAGAAGAGGGAUGGAUUGAAAAGAAGGCAGCAGCUAGAGGAAGAGCUGCUAAGAGCAAAAAUUGAAGUGGAGAAGUUGAAAGCAGUUCGCUUACGGCAUGAUCUGCCUGAAUUUCACUCAGCCCCUAAAGAAAUUACAGUGCCUAAGAGACAAGAAGAGGAAGAACCUGAUAGCCUAGUUAAAUAUUUCAGUGUUGUUUGGUGUAAGGCUUCAAAGAAAAAACACAAAAAGUGGGAAGGUGAUGCUGUUCUCAUUGUAAAAGGAAAGUCAUUUACAUUAAAGGAUUUGGAAGGCAAAGACAUUGGAAGAGGCCUUGCAUAUAAAUUCAAAGAGCUUGAAAAGAUUGAAGAGGGCCACAGAGUGAUGAUUGGUGGAAAAGAAGUAGAAGUCAUGGGCAUAAUCUCUCCAGAUGAUUUCAACAGUGGCAGAUGUUUUCAACUUGGAGGAGGAAGCCUUGCUAUCUCAAGUUCUUCUCAGGCUGCCAAGAAGUGUUUCUCUAACCCCUUCAAAAGUGUUUGUAAACCAAGUUCAAAGGAAAAUAGACCAAACGGUUUCCAAGAUUGUAAACCACGUCAUGACCCACAUGCACAAAAUUCUCUUGUAAUGUCACGACCAGACAAUAAUCACCAGUGGAUGUUCAAUAAGAACUGUUCUCCUAUUGUGGAUGUAGUGAUAGAUCCUUACCUUGUAUAUCAUCUUCGACCACAUCAAAAAGAAGGGAUCCUAUUCCUAUAUGAAUGUGUAAUGGGAAUGAGAGUGAAUGGCAGAUGUGGAGCUAUUCUUGCUGAUGAAAUGGGUUUAGGGAAAACAUUGCAAUGUAUUUCACUCAUCUGGACUCUACAGUGUCAGGGACCCUAUGGAGGCAAGCCAGUAAUAAAGAAGACACUUAUUGUCACACCUGGGAGCUUGGUGAAUAAUUGGAGGAAAGAAUUUCAAAAAUGGCUAGGAAGUGAAAGGAUCAAGAUAUUUCCUGUUGAUCAGGACCACAAAGUAGAAGAAUUCAUCAAAUCUCCAUUUUAUUCUGUUCUUAUCAUCAGUUAUGAAAUGUUACUUCGUUCCUUGGAUCAAAUCAAGAAUGUUAAAUUUGAUCUUCUAAUCUGUGAUGAAGGGCAUCGUUUGAAGAAUAGUGCCAUUAAGACAACUACAGCCCUCAUUAGCCUUUCUUGUGAGAAAAGAAUAAUUCUAACUGGUACUCCAGUUCAGAAUGAUCUUCAAGAAUUUUUUGCAUUAAUUGAUUUUGUAAAUCCAGGAAUAUUAGGCUCUUUGUCAUCUUAUAGAAAAAUAUAUGAAGAACCCAUCAUUUUAUCGAGACAACCUUCUGCUUCUGAGGAAGAAAAGGAGUUAGGAGAGAAAAGAGCAGCUGAACUUACUUGCCUCACUGGACUCUUUAUCCUUAGAAGAACCCAAGAAGUCAUAAAUAAGUAUCUUCCACCUAAAAUAGAGAAUGUAGUCUUUUGCCGACCAGGAGCACUACAGAUUGAGCUUUAUCGAAAGCUGUUGAAUUCUCAGGCUGUCAGAUUCUGCCUUCAAGGGUUGUUAGGAAAUAGUCCUCAUCUAAUAUGUAUAGGAGCUCUUAAAAAGCUGUGCAAUCACCCCUGCCUUUUGUUCAACUCUAUAAAGGGAAAAGAAUGUAGCUCAACGUGGGAUGAAAAUGAAGAAAGGAGUCUAUAUGAAGGCUUGGUAAAUGUGUUCCCUGCUGAUUACAACCCUCUCAUGUUUACUGAGGAAGAGUCAGGAAAACUCCAAGUGCUGUUGAAGCUCUUAGCUGUUAUCCGUGAACUUCGUCCCACUGAAAAGGUGGUGUUGGUGUCCAACUACACACAAACCUUGAAUAUUCUACAAGAAGUAUGCAGGCGUCAUGGAUAUGCUUUUACAAGACUUGAUGGACAAACACCAGUCUCUCAAAGACAGCAAAUUGUUGAUGGCUUUAAUAGUAAAUACUCUUCUGAUUUUAUUUUUUUGUUAAGUUCAAAAGCUGGUGGUGUGGGACUUAACCUUAUUGGAGGAUCUCACUUAAUUCUGUAUGAUAUUGAUUGGAAUCCAGCCACUGAUAUCCAGGCAAUGUCUAGAGUAUGGAGAGAUGGUCAGAAACAUCCUGUACAUAUUUACAGACUCCUAACCACAGGUACAAUAGAAGAAAAGAUUUAUCAGAGACAAAUCAGUAAGCAAGAUCUUUCAGGGGCAGUUGUAGACGUAACCAAGACCUCUGAACAUAUCCAGUUCUCAGUAGAGGAGCUUAAAAAUUUGUUUACAUUACAUGAAAGUUCACAUUGUGUUACCCAUGACCUACUUGACUGUGAAUGUACAGGAGACAAAGAUCAUACAGGUGAUUCGUUGGAAAAAGUCCCUAUCUCUAGAAAUUGUCAGCUUGGUCCACAUCACCAGAAGUCUAGCUCUCUGAAACCUCUCUCCAUGUCACAGCUGAAGCAAUGGAAACAUUUUUCUGGAGAUCAUUUAAAUCUUACAGAUCCUUUUCUUGAAAGAAUAAGAGAAAAUGUCUCAUUCUUUUUUCAGAAUAUAACCAACCAAAGUACUGUUAUAUAAAAAGCGAUUACUUCAUGACAUUCUCUUGCCAACUCUUUAAAAAAUUAACAUAAUAAUUAAAUGUAAUUUUUGAAAACUAAUAGAAUUAUUUAAGUUAUAUUUUUUGUUGCAAAAUAUAAUUUUGAUACAUGGUCAAAAUUUGAGUUGCUUAAUUUUUUGUAUGUAUGCUUCAAUGUUGAAAUAUUAAAGACAUGCUUCUGUCAUCAGAUU